UGUGACUUAUUUUUGUUUUGUAUUAAUUUUUCGAAUUACAAUUACAAAUGUGAAAUGAUACAACAUGUGUUAUCCCAUAUAGUGGAAUCUUGCUCCGGCUGAAUGGAUCCCUACGUCGGGUGGUAUCAGCCCGAGCAGGAAGGACCCGCGAAGCGAUUGUGGCUUCGUAUAUGGGAAACUCAAAGUGAAACAGACAAAAUGAACCUCAAAAACUUAGAGAACGCUAAUCCUAAUGUGAAUAAAGCACAAGACUUUAUACCAAUAAAUGAUGUGAACGGUGAAAAUAGGAAUAAUAAUUAUUUCAAUCCCACACGGAGGAAAGCAAACGAUAACCGCGCAUCUACGUUUAACCUGAAUCAGAACCACGAUGCUCUCAUAGGGGAAUACGGGGGCUGCCCUUGGCGGAUACCCAACUACCAUUACAAGCCUGGGAUACUCGGGCUGCACGAAGAGAUCGAACACUUCUACAUGUACAUGUCGCCGACGGAGACGGAGCACCUGGUCCGCUCGACGGUGGUGACGCGCAUACGCAGCGCGAUCCUCUCGCUGUGGCCGCAGGCGCGCGUCGAGGUGUUCGGCUCUUUCCGCACCGGCCUCUACCUGCCCACUAGUGACAUCGACCUCGUUGUUAUUGGUCAAUGGGAGAAGCUGCCGCUGUGGACGCUGGAGCGCGAGCUGGUGAACCAGGACAUCGCGGAGAAGGAGAGCAUCAAAGUGCUGGAGAAGGCCACCGUGCCUAUCGUCAAGAUGACCGACAAGUACUCUGAUGUUAAGGUCGACAUCUCUUUCAAUAUGAGCAGCGGAGUCAAAAGCGCCGAGCUCAUAAAACAAUAUAAGGAAAAAUACCCCGUGCUCUCGCGGCUAGUCAUGGUGCUGAAGCAGUUCCUGCUGCAGCGGGAUCUGAACGAAGUGUUCACGGGAGGCAUCUCCUCCUACUCCCUCAUCCUCAUGUGCAUCAGCUUCCUGCAGCUGCACCCUCGACCAGAGAGGCUCAGACAGCAACAUAACCUGGGGGUGCUGCUGAUUGAGUUCUUCGAGCUGUAUGGAAGAAAGUUUAACUACGUGAAGACUGCGAUACGGGUCAAGAAUGGCGGCUCGUAUGUUUCCAAGGAUGAGAUACAGAAGGAGAUGAACGACGGUCACCGGCCAUCGUUGUUGUGCAUCGAGGACCCGCUGACGCCGGGCAACGACAUCGGUCGGUCUAGCUAUGGCGCUAUACAGGUUAAACAGGCGUUCGACUACGGGUACAUAAUCCUGCAGCAGGCGGUGGCGGGCGGCAGCGCGCUGCUGCUGCGGCACAGCGUGCUGGGGCGCGUGGUGCGCGUGACGGACCACGUGCUGCAGUACCGCCGCUGGGUGCGCGACACGUUCGAGCCGUACUUCUUCCCGCACCGGCCCGCCCCGCCCGCCGCGCCCGCCCCGCCCGCCGCGCCCGCGCCGCACGAGCCCAGCGACAGCGAGCCCGAUGCGCGGCGCACGUCCCCGCCGCCGCUGUCCGCGCUGCAGUGCUCGUCGCCCACGCCGCGCCGCGUGUCCGCGCACCAGAGCCUCAUCAUACACCACAUUACUAGCAACUCCGAUUUCAAUAAUAUACCCUCGGGUGUGAUGCAAGCGCGCUACAACAACAACAAUAACAACAACAACAGUUCGAGCGGUGGCGGCGGCACGAACAGCUCGAGCGGCGGGGCGGGCGGUGGUGCGGGCGGCGAGCACAAGCGCUGCGGGCGCGCCUUCAGCUCGAAGCAGCGCCGCCACUCGCCGCCGCGCUACCGCGCCGACCGCGGCCACAAGAAGCGGCGCCAGCUCGCGCAGCCGCGAUGAGGGCGCCGCGCGCGCGCGCCCCGCCGCCGCAAGUGACACGCAGGGACGGGGUGCGCGCGUGACACGAUGCGUGCGUGACACGGCACUAUCGGACAAGUGCGCGUCACGCAGUGCCACGAUGUAAUAACGCUCCAGAAUGCGUUCAACGUGCGCUAGCGACACUUUAACGCCGCUGCGGUACACAUGCUCUAGCUCAAUCUUAUGACGUCACACAAGUGUCGCGCAUGACGUCA